UGAAACGUCUCACCUUAGGAACGCCAUCGACCAGAAAGCUGUUCCAAGCGUGAGUCAUUUGGUGUGGUGUCAGUUCCUCACAGUUCCUCCUUUGUGAUUUUACGGUGUGGCAGAGAAGAGUGACUUCAUUUCCAUUUGGACUUGUGUGUUAAUAAAUGAUUCCUUAACAUGUUGGAUUCAAGAGGGAAUGACACCAGAGGAAACUACUUUCUGUUAACAGGACCCAACUUCAGUGAGAACAGUGAAGGUGUUCUCAUCACUGAUCCCAGGCCACCAGGAUACAUUCCAACUAUGCACCACAAGAACGUGUUGAAAGAACUGUUAAUGAUGAGACGCCAGAAAUGGAACUGCUCUCACGAGGACAACAAUCCAGAACAUAAACUUAAAUCUGCAAAACUUGACAUGAGUCCUCAUCAGAUAGAGACGCCACCAUCAGUGAACCCAAGCACCACCUGCCAUGUCCCUGCUCUUGCUCCUGAAAAUGAGCACAGUACCCUAAAACAAAUGCAGCAUUCUGUUCUGCUGGGACCAAUGGCUCCGACUGCUGAAGUCAAAAUGACUUUAUUUCACUGGCAGAUACAGCAAGAGGCACAGAGAGUGGAAGGGGUUUCUCCUGAGUUGUUGAACAUGCAAGAUGCUGACGGUGACACAUUUCUUCACAUUGCUGUGGCACAAGGUAGACGGGCUCUGGCUUAUGUGCUUGCUGCAAAAAUGGCCAUAUGUGGCACUCUGGAUGUGAAAGAACACAACGGGCAGACAGCUCUUCAGAUAGCAGCUGCCACCGAUCAGCACUUAAUUGUCCAGGACCUGCUGGCACAUGGAGCACAAAUCAGCACUCGGGACUUUUGGGGCCGCUCGCCUUUGCAUGUGUGUGCCGCCAAGGGUCACUUUCUCAGUCUUCAGAUCAGAAAGAUCCAGAAAAACAAGCUUGCUGAGUCACUGGGUCAUGUUUUUACCCACUGUGAAGGUUUAGCUUGUAAUGUGCAGCUCAUCGGCCUUGUUAAUUUAGCCCUCAGUGGAGGUGGGCAGUCAGUUGAUAUUGAAAUGUUCAAUUACGAUGGCUUAACUCCACUUCAUGUAGCAGUCUCCUCUCACAAUGCUGUUGUUAAAGAGCUGAGGACCCUGGAAAAACCUUGUCUAUAUGAGGCCACGAAGGUGGAACAGAGGAGACGAAUGUAUGUUGAGUGCGUUAAGACUUUUCUGCUCAUGGGCGCCGCCUGUGGGACAAUGGAUCUGAAAAGUGGACGCACUUGUCUUCACAUGGCUGCUGAGGAGGCAAAUGUGGAGCUGUUGAAACUGUUCCUUGACCAGUCAACUUCGCUGUCCAUUGUAAAUGCUAAGACAUUCAGUGGGAACACUGCCCUACACAUUGUAAGCUCUUUGCAAAACCAUACAACUCAAGUGGAUGCGCUGAAGCUGCUCAUGAGAGGGGGAGCUGACCCCGGGGCCAGAAACUUUGAGAAUGAGCUACCGUCUCAGCUGGCACCUGAAGGACCCACUGGUAACAAGGUGCGGCAGAUCCUAAAAGGGAAACAUGUUGAUGUUUAAGUGAAGCUCAUACCACUGUCAGUCAGACAGUCCACGCUAUCAGAAUAUUAUUUGCCACAAAUGAGGCAGAUGCUGGUUGUUUCAGUGAAACAUGCCAAUUGUUCAUUACCAUGUAAUGCUUAAAUGAGUGCGUGUGUGUUUUUGUGUCUGUUUUUGCUGUUACUGUUGCAUUCUAAUUGUUUUGGGCAUUAAGACGCAACUUUUGGAUUCAGGGACAAUGAGCCAUCAUGUUCUGGACAAUCUCAAAACAGGUUUUUAACAUUUAUGGAGGAAUUAUGGGUUCAGAUGAUGAAGAUUUUUAAUUUAGUGUGAAAUGAUUUCACUGUUAUACCCUCUUGAUAUGUUUAAUGAUCACUUGGGCUACUUGGAAUAUAAAUGGAGUGCUGUAUAACAUUUAACAUGUUAUAUGAGUGUCUAUUCAGCCAUGUGAAUGGUGCCGCAUUUUAAAUAAGGGAAUGUGUCAGGUGCAGGACAAUGCCUUGAACCUCUGUCUGUGCUGUGAAUCCCACACCCCAACCUAUCAAUAAAAUCAUAGUAUAAAUUACUCAUUGUCAAGGUCAUUCAAAGGCCCACUUCCAAUAAAGGCACAGAGUAAUAUCUUCACCGAGAGAGAUAUUAUCACAAUGUGGUAUAACAGAGAUUCCAAAUUUAAUAAUCAGCUAAAUUCUCAAUGCACAUGAGCAGCUUUACUGGGGUUGUCCUGCACCAAAUUAAUAAAACAUCGCACACCAUAAGCUGCACAGUGUGAGAAAGUGCAGAGAAAAAUUUGGAUGAUCUGUCCGUCCUGCCCUUGCCACCUUCAGCAGAGGGUCAGACUGUUGUUAAAAGACUCACAUGGACACAGAGGAGGAUUGGAAAUGGAUGUGCCAUAAGCACCAAACUCCGUGCAUAUGAUCCUAACACUUUUUACAUUUACUGAAGUAAUAUUUUGAAGGAAGGACUUUUACUUGUAACACAGUAGCUUUCCACUGAUAUUGCUACUUUUUUGUUAAACAAACUGAGUAACACUGGACUGAUUGAUAUCAUACUCGGUUUUAUGAGACAUGCCGUGCUCACUGUAAGGAACUGUGCCUUACAUGAGACAAAAAAAAAAAAGAUACUUGGGAACUUUUCAGAUAAAAAAUGUAAUGAUGUCCUCCUUUUAUUAUGUACAGAUUGCAAGAAUAUGUGCAGUGACAUUUGUUUUAAUUCUAGUUGGUUUAUACAUUCUUGUUUUGUUGUUGUUGUUUUUAGUCUGCAAGGUUUGAAAUCAAUGUAGGCUGCUGCUGUUCUAAUUUUUAUUAUCUGAUGUGUAAAAGGGCUUGUAUAUAUGUAUAUGUAUAUAUAUAAAAGGCAGGUGUUCCUGUAAUUUUUAGUUAGGUUAAAAAAAGAAAUUAAAAGGAACAAUUGAUUGAUUCUAAAAACAGCUGCUGAUCAUUUUUUUAAUCAAUACACCGACCACAAAAGUACCACAAUUUAUUAAGCAUUAUGGAUAUUACAAAAUAUGUACACUUUGUUCAGAGUUUUUGAAUGUGUCAGUGCAUUUUUAUAGACUCCUCCUGAGCCAGAAAACAUUUUAAAAAAUUGUUGAAUUUAUGGAAUUAACCACUGUUAUUGUAUGUUUUAUUUUGGGGGCUUUUCAUCCGAAUGUAAGAAUGAACUAGGAAUCUUUAUCAAGAAAAUAAACACCAUCUACAUUUUAAAAAGGAAUAAGAAACAUGCCUUUGAUUUAAAAUGAUUAGUCUAGUUUCAGUGAAUAUCAUAAAUGUGAAAUAAAGCACAAAAAGUGGAGUUUGAAAAGUUCUAGGAGACAUGAGAAUUUCCCAUUUAGCAAUCAGUCUCUUCACUUAAUUUC